AUGUUUGAUCACAAUCACAUGAAGAUUGGGAAUAGUGUCAUCAGGUAUCUCAGCUUGUACGGCAUCAUCAAUUUGUUGUGGUUGGAUCUUAUCAACCAGCCACCAAAGCAUAUGGAUAUGUGGGAGUCCACGUUUUUACCACCCACAUGUGUGUUUCAGCAGUUCUGUGUGACGCAGUUCUACUUGUGUUGGCUGGUACUAGAAUGUUACGUUCAUCGGAUGUCUCUGAGGUUCUAUUCUCUGAAACUCGAGUAUGGCUCGUUGUCCUUGACAACGGCUUUCGAGAAGAUUAUAAAAAGAGCAAACAGUGAUGGCCAUGAAGCACCGAAGCUUUUACAUACCGACAAAGGUACAGAGUUUAAAAACAAACCGUUCAACAACAUGUUGAGGAGGCAUAAUAUCAAACUAUACCAUACAGAGAGUGAAGAGAAGUCCGCAAUAAUUGAAAGAUAUCAUAGGACAUUGAAUGAGAAACUUAAAGUGAAAUUCCAAGUCCGACAAUCCCACAAGUGGUACGAUAUACUACAAGAAGUCACAGACGAGUAUAACCAACACGAUUAUCACCACACUAUUAAAAUGAGACCAGUAGAGGUCAACAAAGAUAACGAGGCUGAUCUAUUAAAAAUGUACAUUGAGCGCGAACACAAAAUUCGUAAAAACAGCAAGUUCGACCUCGGUGAUAGAGUUCGUAUCACGACGAAAAAAGAUGUAUGGUCAACUUUUGUCAACGAACUUCCUGAGAUUGAAAAUUUGGAGAUUGGCAGGUACAUAUCUCUGAGUGAUGCGGUUAAUAUUCAGUUGCAUGGAUUUUCAGAUGCAAGUGAACUCGGUUUUGCUGGAUGUGUUUAUCUACGAACUGAGAACCCGCAAGGCAGUAUAUAUGUCAACUUAUUAAUAGCCAAGUCACGUGUGGCACCCCUGAAACGUAUCACGAUUCCUCGCCUUGAACUGUGCGGAGCACAUAUUUUAGCCAAACUGUUACACUACUGUGUUGAUCAACUCUCAGAUCGCUACAAGAUAGAUUCUGUUACCGCUUGGAGUGACUCCACUGUGGCUCUUUCAUGGAUUCACACCCCUUCUCAUCGUUUGAAGUUAUAUGUUGCAAAUCGUGUUGCACAGAUUCAAGAAUUGACCCCUUCCUGCAUAUGGAAACACAUUUCUACUCUUGAAAACCCCGCUGAUGUUGCCUCUAGAGGAUUAACCCCAUCUCUUCUUAUUCAUAACAAGCUCUGGUGGUCUGGACCCACAUGGCUUAAGAGUUCAUCUGAUUCAUGGCCUCAACCAUCGAGUCAUCUUCCCGAAGAGGAACUCCCAGAAAUUAAAACCACAACACUAAAUCUUCUUACGAUAGCUGAAGAUCAAGAUCUGAAGUUUAUCAAUAAAUUCUCUUCAUGGACUAAACUACUUCAUGUCAUGGGCUACGUUUUACGUUUUAUUUCCUGCUUGAAAACUAAGCAAAGGAUUACUCAUUCUCUCACACUUGAAGAGUUAGAAGUAUCGAACAAACGGAUUUGUUGGCUUGUUCAAAGAGAGAGUUUCUCUGAGGAUAUUAAUUCCCUGUCAAAGAAGAAUGUGUGUUCUUCUCGCAUUCAACGCCUUUCACCGUUUAUGGAUGAUGAAGGUUUGUUAAGAGUUGGAGGACGACUGAAACAUUCUGAGUUGCCGUACAGCGCCAAGCAUCAAAUUAUCUUACCAAAGGAUCAUUUUGUUGUAAAUUUGAUAAUUGAUUAUCAUCAUCGCAUCUUUCUUCACUGUGGACCAACACAACUCCAAGCUGUUCUUCGUGAGAAAUAUUGGAUACUUUCUGCUCGUAGUAUCAUACGCUCCAGGAUUUUUAAACGCCUGAGAUGUUUCAGAAUGAAACCUAAGCCAAACACACCAUUGAUGGGAGACUUACCUUCCCCAAGAGUGGUAGCAACCCGACCUUUUAAUGUUACUGGAGUCGACUAUGCCGGACCAUUUACAGUGAAAUUGUAUGUCCUAAAAAGGCUUCAGCCUAUUAAAGUUUAUCUUUGUCUAUUUGUCUGCUUUGCAACGAAAGCCGUACACUUAGAAGUUGUGUCGGAUUUGUCCUCAGAAGCUUAUAUAGCAGCUCUUACACGUUUUAUUUCCAGACGUGGUUCAGUGAAGGAAAUUCAUAGUGAUUGUGGAACCAACUUUGUCGGAGCAGCUGCUGCACUUCACAAAUGUUUUAACAACCUCCUUUGCAAUCCAGUAACUCACCGUUUUGCUGAAGAAAACAACAUUUCUUUCAAAUUUCUGCCUCCACACGCGCCUCAUCAAGGUGGCUUGUGGGAACGAGCUGUUAGGAGUGCUAAGCAUCACCUUCAUAGAGUAAUCGGUGGCCAAAUCCUGACUUAUGAAGAAUUCAUAACUCUCGUGUCACGUGUCGAAGCAAUAUUAAAUUCAAGACCGCUUACCCCUCUCUCUGGAGAUCCGAAUGACUUAGAGUCUCUAACCCCAGGACACUUUUUAACUGGUGGACCUCUGAAAUCCAUGGUUGAACCUCAAUAUGAUGAAACUUCUUGUAACCGCUUGAGGAGAUGGCAAUUAGUUCAGGCAUUCUCUCAACACAUCUGGACUCGAUGGUCCCAAGAGUAUCUGCAUACUCUACAGCAUCACUCUAAGUGGACGAGUAAAACAGAGAACCUCAAGAUUGGUGACCUUGUUGUUAUUCAUGAGCCUAACACUCCUCCCCUACAAUGGAAACUUGCAAGAAUCACCGCAGUAUCUCCAGGAGCAGACGGAAUUGUACGAGUGGUCCAUCUACGCACCGCUACAGGGAACUUCAGUCGGCCAACCGUCAAAGUUUCCCUUCUUCCUACCAAUUAA